AUGUCUCAAUCUCGUCCGUUAUACGAAGCGGUGACAGAUCUUCCCAUAUCCCACGCUGUAUGUCUCAUCGUGGUAUUGACAUUGGCACUUUUUGCCUUCAUUCGUUUUCGAUCUACACCAAACACGCCGCCACAACUCAAAGAAACUGUCCCCUUCAUCACGAACACAAUCGGAUACCUGACCAAUGCCGGCGUCUUCAUUGACCGGGUCGCAGAGACCUUGGAGGCGACCAAGACGAACAUCGUCAAGUUCUAUGUUGGGUGUAUGCCCGCUUACAUAGUAACAGGCCCAAAGAAUGUCCAAUUUGUCCUCAAUUCACCAGGGCUACUGGAUGGCAACUUUCUCCAGCUGAUGCUCAUGGACAAGCACUGGGGCCUAAACCGCGAGGAGAUCAGCAAGUUCGCCAACGACAAAUCCGGGCGUUCUAAAGUCCCAGCCAAGGGGCUCGCCACGCCCGACGACCAGCGCUACUGGCUGGGUCACGACCGUUUGUAUGCGGAGUAUCUUAGUAACCGCAAGUUUUCUGACGCUCUCGCCGACUCAUUUUGCAAGUUAUUCGCGGAACGGCUGGACAAGCAUUUCGACGAGGAAUGGGCCACGGUCCAGCUGUUCGAUGUGCUCAAGACUGCAAUGGCAGAGAGUGCUAUAAUCUCACUCUUCGGGUCCAAGAUUAUUGAUCUAAAUCCCGGGUUCGUGCAGUGCUAUUGGGACUUUGAUGACAUUGCCGGCACUCUCGUUUGGGGAUUGCCAAAGUUUCUCCAGCGCAAAUCAGUUGCGAUUAAGGACCAACUUCACUCCAUGACUCGGAAACAUAUCGACUCGGCAUGGGAGCACUUUGACUGGGAAGGUCCCGACAGGGACUCUGCGUGGGAGCCUCACUUCGGCUCAAGACUGUCCCGAGAGACGGCCAAGUGGCUCCGAGAGAAGGGUUUCUCCAACCACGCAGCUGCCGGCCACACGCUGGCGUCGCUCUUCGGCCUGAAUGGAAACACGGUUCCCGUGACAGUGUGGGCAAUGAUUGAGAUAAUCAGGGAUGCGGCUCUUUUCCAGGCCGUCAGCGACGAGGCGUUGGGCGCGUUCACAACAGAUCCGACAAACGGGACGCGUCAGAUAGACGCAAGCAAGUUGAUCAAUCUCCCUCUCAUGCAAUCUCUGUACGUCGAGAUCAUGCGCUUGCACGUGUCAUUCAACGUCACACGCAAAGCCACCGAGCCUCUCGUGGUUAACGGAUACAACAUCGAGAAGGGGGCGCUGGUGCAAACUUGCUCUCAAAUUGCCCAUUACGAAGAGGCAGUCUGGGGCGCCGAGGGUCAUCCAGCGUCUGAGUUCUGGGCCUGGCGUCACAUCAAAUACGUUGACGAGGUCGACGAUUGCAGUGGUAAAACCACCAGACGGCCGCAGUUCUCCAUGAAAGGACGUCCAAGCUCAUUUUUCCCAUAUGGCGGAGGAUACGUCAUGUGCCCUGGCCGCCAUUUUGCCAAGCAGGAAAUCUUGCUAGCGAUCGCAGUCCUGGUCACGAAAUUCGAGUUUGAAUUUGUCGAAUGGACCAACGCGGACGGAUCGAAGUCCGAUAGGCCGCCGCUGGACGACAGACGGUUUGCGGGGUUCAUAGCCAUGUCGCCCGACCGUGACGCUAGGGUUCGGCUGAGGAGGCUGAAGUCAGAGUAG